AUGGAACUGAGGAAACGGAAAAAGGUACAGUACCAAACGGAGACAAGGCCGAAAAGGCUAUUGAGGUCGACAACUGAAUCGGUACCACGCACUAAGAGGUCUUAUACAGUAAAACCAUUACAAAGACCUGGUUUCAGAGGUGAAGAGUGCGAGUGGAAUUCUUCAAGAGAUGUCUUGUCAUAUAGAGAAGCUCAAAAGAAUUUGCAGAGACUAACAAAAUUACAAAAUGACCUGUACUAUAGCGACCUGAAAAUACCGCAGCUCUUGGGCCCCACAAAGGAAUGUAGAUUGUUCAGAUUACCAGAUGAUAUAAAAAACUUCAAAAAAAUUACUGAGGAUCUGACGCUAUUGAUCAACAACAUAGAGUCUGUGAAUCAACCUGUUUUCACGAAACAGCUGCCUUCACCGCAUGACUUCACAAAUCAUCCUUCUUCCAUGCAAAGUUUGGCAAAAUUGUAUCACAUAGAUAUCAGGGAUAUCUCUGAUAGACUUACCAAUAAGAAAUAUUCGUCCCGAACCGAGAUUCAGUCGAUUAGUAGGAAACUAGAGAAGCCUCUCCUAAAAGGAAGAGAUACUUCUUUAGAAUGGCCUUCUAAACCGCGGAAAAGAGAUGGAAAGCACAACAAAUUUGGAAGUGUUUCAUUAUUUACCUGA